CAUGCUAGGAGACGCAGCGAAUCACCACUUAUCGUUCCGACUUCCGUCUUCGACACUCUUCAGCACCUGGCUCCGGAGGAUGUCAGUCUCGGCAGUGAACGAACUCCUACUUCACGGAAGUCCGAUGAUGCACCCGCGGCAGAACCAUCAAACAAGGACGCCGAUGCCGACUUAAAAAGGCUUGCAACGGCAGCUCACCAUAUGCGCAAGCUUCGGGCCUACUGUAGGUCACAGUUGAGACUGCUGUAUGAUCUGCAGAAACUGCGAGAUGCGCGUCGUCAACAAAUGACUAGUCAGGGUAGGAACUACAUUCAUACGAAGCCCGAGGUUCCUGAAACAAAAUCGAAAUCACGUGACGAUCUUCUGGGCUUCACAAAUGUUCCUGAACAUAUCCUAGACGCCCUGUUUGGCCGAAACCGUGCAGAUCCGAAUGAUCGGCAGGCUCGCUUCUACUGUCAAGCCAAUCGCAAUUUUUCUGAUUUCGUUCGAAUACGGUGGGUUAACUAUAGUUCUCCUGUUUCAGUGCACAGUUUUUGCUCCACCCUGUGGACCCUUGAGGAUUGA